GAGCUUUGCUCUUUCGCAGGAAUUCCUCCCAAACCACCACCCCUCUCCUGGUGAGAGAGAGGGAGCCCCUGGGUACAAGGGAAAGCUCUUCUACCCUGCCCAAAACUCUUACGCACGUACCUGGGGGCCGCGUGGGAAGCAGGCAGGACAGCAUGGUGCGGCGUGUGGCGGUGGUGGGCGCGGGCGUCAGCGGGCUGGCGGCCACCAAGUGCUGCCUGGAAGAGGGGCUGGAGCCCACCUGCUUCGAGCAGAGCGAGGACGUCGGGGGGCUCUGGCGCUACACGGACCAGGCAGAGGAAGGCAGAGCCAGCAUCUACCGCACUGUCUUCACCAACUCCUGCAAAGAGAUGAUGUGUUACCCCGACUUCCCCUUCCCCGAUGACCACCCCAACUACAUGCACAAUGCCAGGCUCCAGCACUACAUCUGCAAGUAUGCCGAGCACUUCGACCUCCUCCGGCAUGUGCGGUUCAAGACCCUGGUCACCAAGGUUAAAAAACGCCCUGACUUUUCUGUGACGGGGCAGUGGGAGGUGGUGACCCAGAGAGAUGGGAAGGAAGAGACGGCGGUUUUUGAUGCUGUCAUGGUUUGCUCUGGGCAUCACGUCUACCCAAACCUCCCCCUCGCUGACUUCCCAGGAAUACAGAAGUUCAAAGGCUGCUACUUUCACAGCCGAGAGUACAAGGAGCCGGAGAAGUUCAGAGGGAAGAAGGUGCUAGUGAUAGGCUUGGGCAACUCCGGCUGUGACAUUGCCGUGGAGCUCAGCGCCGUGGCGUCGCAGGUCUACCUGAGCUCCCGAAGUGGGUCCUGGGUGAUGAGCCGCGUCUGGGACAACGGCUACCCCUGGGACAUGCUGGUCAUCACUCGUUUCCGUACCUGGCUGGGGAACACGCUCCCCAGGGCGCUCAGCGACUGGCUGUAUGUGAGAGGCAUGAACCGAUCCUUCAAGCAUGAGAACUUCGGCCUCAUGCCACUGAACAGAACUUCCCGCAAGGAGCCAGUGUUCAACGAUGACCUCCCGAGCCGUAUCGCCUGCGGCGUGGUGGUGAUGAAGCCAAACGUGAAGGAGUUCAGAGAAACGUCCGUCUUGUUCCAAGAUGGGACUGUGCAGGAUGAUGUCGAUGCAGUAGUCUUCGCCACUGGUUACAGUUACACCUACCCUUUCAUGGAGGAUGAUUCCAUCAUCAAAAGCAGGGACAAUCAGGUCACCCUCUACAAAGGCAUCCUCCCUCCUCAGCUUGAGAAGCCAACCAUGGCAGUCAUUGGGCUGGUCCAGUCCCUCGGACCCAUCAUCCCAACAGCGGACCUCCAGUGCCGCUGGGCAGUCAAGGUGUUUCAAGGACAGUGCACUCUCCCUCCAGUCAGUGAGAUGAUGGAUGACAUUGAUGAGAAGAUGGGGAAGAAGCUCAAGUGGUACGGGAACAGCACCACGCUGCAGACAGAUUAUAUCACCUACAUGGACGAGCUGGCCUCGGCCAUCGGCGUGAAGCCCAGCGUGCUGAAGCUCCUGCUGACAGACCCGCGGCUGGCCCUGGAGGUCAUCUUCGGCCCCUGCAGCCCCUACCAAUUUCGGCUGAUGGGCCCGGGGAAGUGGAGCGGGGCCAGAAAGGCCAUCCUCACCCAGUGGGACCGAACGCUGCAGGCCACGCGGACGCGCGUCACCCCCGCCGCCCCCACUGCCUUCCCCUGCCUGGCCGUGCUGGGGGUGCUCUUCCUCCCGCUCCUCCUCCUCCUCGCCACCCUCUACUUCUAGGAGAUCCCAGAGGGAUGCAGUGAGGAUGGGGAGGGAUGCAGGAGUACCAGGCAGUGUGUGUGGGAUGCUUUCUCCCACUGGGCAAUGCGUGCUGCUGCCUUGCUCAUUAACCCCCCCCCCCCCCAAAAAAAAAAUUAUUCAUCAAGAGAUCCCUAAAAAAUGGCAUUGAUAAAUGGGCUGCAAUCUCUAUGCCUGGUAAAUUUGGGAGGUUUCUCAGCUGGGGCUAUGAAAGAGUGUAAAUACCAGCCCUAGGAAGUAAUGUUGGUUAUUUUAUCCCUCUAAAUGUGUUUUAGUAGUAGUGCAUUGCUACACGUCUUUAAAUCUCCCUGUCUACUGUUUAUUUUUCUGGUGGAAAACUGGAGUCAAUGCGUUUUGGUUUUUUUGAGAAAAGUUUUGGGGUAGAGCUUAUGCUCUAGCUAAAACAAGCUUGCACGUAUUGGUUCUUUUGAAAAAUAAUUUUCAUAACAAGUAAAGAAAAAGAUCCAUGUUUUUCUCCAGAGGCAAAAGAUGCCCAAAUGAAAAAAAGUUCAGAUCAAAAUAUUGAGAAGAAUACUCUGGUAUAUAAAUAAAGGGCUCACCAGCUCUCAGAACAACAUCUGGACUUUGCUGGAACAUGUGGGCGUCCAAAAGCUGAGAUGAACCGUGUCUGGCAGCCAAAAUGCCCAGCCGGGGCUGUGUAACCCAGUGCCGUGGUUGCUGCAGCCAUGGUGAGAGCAUCCCCAGAGAGGUCCUUCUCCAAGCCGCUUUGCUUCCCACGGGGCGUCCCGGGCCCCACAGGGACAGCUUGGAUGGGCACCCGUGCCUUGGUGGGGGUGGCAGGGAUGUGCCAGCUGCCCAUGCCAGGGUGGGGAGGGGCAAAGCCUCCAAGGUUCACCCUCACCUGGGCAGGUGGGGAGGAGCUGGACUGAUCCUGGUGGGCUGCUGAACUCCUGCUGUGGCUGGAUCCUGGGGGCUUUUCCUUUGCAUCCAUCUGCCAGGGGUGGAACCAGCCCAUGGCGUAAUUUUGGUGUUCCCAAGGAAGCGCUCUGCCCGUGGGUAGCUGCAGGCAUCUCUGUGUUUCUUCUCUAUAUGGCAAGAACUUACAGUUUUGGAAAAUGCUCCAUGGUUUUAUGAAAGGUAUCACGUAAAUGCAAAAUAAUAUCAUUACUGUGAGCUCUAGCCCUGGAAGCGAGCCAACGGGACACCUGCCGUCCCCUUUUCAGUGCCUCUGCCCGAGUGCUCUGCUAACGCGUUUCUUCCUACCAGGAGACGAAGAGGUUUGCCUGCUCCUACCUCUUCCAGUCCAAAUGACACAUACCCGUGGUGGGAAGCAAUCCCUUCCUAUGACUGUAGUCCAGCUCAAAAGACCUCAGACCCCACCGUCUAGCUCAAAUGCAAGU